UUCCUUAAAAGGGCCAAAAAAACAGAACAUCAUAGAACAAACAAAGGACACAAAAGAGUGUUCCAGAGUUUACAAAAAACAGUGAAAAUUGUUCAAUUUUCAGAAACAGUAAUGGAAGGAAGAAAGAAGAGAGUGUUUGCUUCAACAAUUUCACCAACAAUGGUGUUUCUGUUACUUGGUUUUGCUGUUCUUGUCAUGUUACCCAUGGUCUCAGCUACGAGGUUUAUGGUUGGUGGUAGAAUGGGUUGGAACACAAAUUUCAACUACACUACUUGGGCUAAGGGCAAGCAUUUCUACAAUGGUGAUUGGCUUUUUUUUGUGUAUGAUAGGAACCAAAUGAAUGUACUAGAAGUGAACAAAACAGAUUAUGAAACUUGCAACUCAGACCAUCCACUUCACAAUUGGACAACCGGAGCUGGAAGAGACGUUGUUCCAUUGAACGUGACUCGCCAUUACUACUUCAUUAGUGGCAAAGGAUUUUGCUUUGGCGGUAUGAAACUAGCCGUUCAUGUUGAAAAUCUACCACCACCACCAAAAGCUGCACCUGAAAGAGCCGCUGCAACAUUCCUUUCAUCUAAAGGACAAAUCUUUCUCAUGCCUAUUGUUUUUGCUAUUGGUGCAGCAUGGGAUUCAUUCAUUUAUUUAUGGUAACUUUGCAAUGAUAUUUAAAAAAUUAACAUCCUUAAACAAUGCCAAAUGGUGUUACAUUUGUUCAUGUUGUGUUGUAUUCAUUUAUAAUAUUUUGCAUUGGUGGUAAUUGUUAUUGACCUCAAAUGAGGUUAAAGGGUGGUGUGGUGUUUGUAGUUUUUAGGUAGUUUUUGGUGUUGAUUUUCAAAAUGUAAUGUAAUAUAUUUCUGUUUGUUCAGAAAUAUGUGACAAAAACUUGUUUAAUUUAUUGGAGAAAUCAAAUGCGGAAAUUAUGGAAA